CACACAAGUAGCCGCAUUUACCGCAGUUACCUUGUGCGUGUUUUUUAAAAUGUUCGAGUCAGAACAACUUUUGAACACGCCAGAAAUUCGUCUAAAUGGUUCUCAACGUGAUGAAUUUCGAAAAUAUCUUGAAAAGUCGGGAGUUAUUGAUGCUUUAGCUAAAGUUUUGAAUGAGCUUUAUGAUGAACCAGAAAAACCAACCAAUGCUAUAAAUUUUGUAAAACAACAUUUUGGUGGUGUACAAACCGUAGAUAUGGAUUCAGACUACAUAUCUAAUUUAAAAAGAAGAAUCAUAGAUCUUGAAUUUGAAGCCGGCGAUCUUAAGAAUAAGCUUGCCAAAAAAGAAGAAGAAAAUGAAGAAUACAAAUAGAAAUUAAAUGAAGAAAAAGCAGAUAAGAAAUCGUUGGUGUUUUCAUUUUUUACGAUGCUUUGUAUAAUAUUUACUACAUAUAUUGCACGAUUUUUU